AUGUCCUGCCCCGAGUGCUUCAGCGGCCAUGUACACUCUGGCGAACCACAGGGCGAGGUGACCAAACUGCACGGACUCGACGUCUACGUUGCAUCGCCAACGCCAGAACCAACGGGUAACUCAGCAAAAGGGAUUAUCAUUAUCGUUCCGGAUGCGUUCGGCUGGGAGUUUGUCAAUAACCGGAUACUGGCGGAUCAUUAUGCCCAGAAGGGCAAGUACAGAGUUUAUCUACCGGAUUUCAUGAAUGGACACUCGGCCCCUGUGUGGGCUAUAAACGUCAUGGCGAAUCUGUUCAAGACAGAUACCCUGUAUGACUGGCUUGUCAAACCCUAUUAUAUCGCUGGGGCGAUGUACACCAUGGUUCCAUUCAUGUACUUCAACCGAUUCAGCAAAUCCUGGCCUAUCGUCAAGUCAUUCUUUGCCGCUGUCCGCCGGAACGAAGGAGCUCAGCUCCCCAUCGGAGCAGCCGGUUUCUGCUGGGGAGGCAAGCACACUGUCAAUCUGGCUCACGGGGUUGAUGUAGACGGCAAACCGUUGAUCAAUGCUGGAUUCACGGGACAUCCUAGCCUCUUGAGCAUCCCCGGGGAGAUUGAGAAGAUAACAAUCCCCGUUAGUUUUGCCCUGGGGGAUUUGGAUGUGAUUGUGAAAAAGCCGCAGAUUGAGCAGAUCAAGAACAUUAUGGAGAGUAAGGAUAAGGUUGGUGAGGUGAAAGUUUACUAUGGGGCUAGCCAUGGGUUCUGCGUGCGAGCAGACCGUCUUCUGAAAGAUGGAGAGCAGCAAGCUACGGAGGCAGAAGAUCAGGCUCUGGAUUGGUUUAAUCGCCACUUCGCUAAUGUGCAAUAA